AUGACACCAGGGUCAAAUCACAUAAUCUCCAGGAAAGGGCUUGAGAAGAAUUUCUACAUACCACACAAACAACAGACAUCCAGAUCUUUUUCAGGGUCAAAGACAACGAAUCAGAGACACACGAAAACACCCUUCCUCAGGAGCUGUCUAAAGUUUUGCUUCAAGGAUCGGGCGAGGAUGGAGCAAAGGGAACCAUCAGUAGAUUCACAUGCUGAAGGAAGACUCAGGCAACUGGCUUCAAAGUGGUUCAUCGAAACUCAAGUGCCACUUGUUGUUCAAAACGGCUUCUUCCCCACCUGGUUCCUGGGCUUCAUCUCCAGAAAGAAUGCUGAAGAAAUACUCAGAGAAAAGGAGCAAGGCUGUUUCCUGAUCCGUCUCAGUGAUAAGGCCAUCGGGUACAUACUGUCUUAUAGAGGCAGGGAUCGCUGUCGACACUUUGUGAUAAGCCAAAAUGAAUCGAGGCAGUUUGUAGUCUCUGGAGACACUGAGGGACAUAACUCUGUCUGUAAUCUGAUAGAAUACUACAAGACGAGUCCCAUUGAGCCUUUUGGAGAGUAUCUGACCUCUUCAUGUUUUGAGGAGCUGAAUGAAGAGCUAUAUGAUAUCAUCCAGAUUAGCCCUAAAGAAAAGCCUGUGGCCACCGUGAGAGCUGUGAACAACGUGCAAAAACAACUAACUAGUUCGGCCUCAGAGCAGCAACCGACACGGCCACCAAAAAGCAAUAGGACACUACAGGAAGUACCACCUUUGCCAAGGAGAAGCAGGCAUCUUGAGAGUGGCCCGCUGAACGACCAUGACAAGAUUUUGUAUGCCCAGUUGUGGAAGCAACCCCCCAGGGAGAUACCUAGAGCCCAACACAUCUGCAAGGACAAUUUAGCUGGAAGGUCCACAAAACAGGAUCAGAACAUCAACAGGUGUAGUCCUCCAUCUAGACCAGCAGUCUCUGUGUACUCUGAGCUCGGCCCGCUGGACUGCAAGAGCAGGUCUUUACCACUCCUGGACCACAGCCCUGAUGAAGAACAUUCAUAUAGGCUGAGGGCUCCCCCCAACACACCACCAAGACUUUCCCCAAAACCCAAUAGACAAGCCCAAAGCUAUGGCCCAGUGGCAGAAGGGACAGACUUUUGCACCCACAGCCUGGACUACCUGAGUGAGAGUGCUGUCUACCACCUGGCUGGCAGGCCACACACUACAUCCACUGGGACCCCAUCUUUCACAUCAGAGCUGCACAGUGAUUCAGUGUACGCCGAGGUCCCCACUGAAGCCCUCGUUGGACGCUUUCCUCAUGACAACACAUAUGAGCUGAUUCCUGACCACGGUGACACAGCCGACACUUACGAGCCUCUGGAGGACAUCAAACCCAAACAUCACCAGUCAUUCUGGGGAUUAAAGAAUGACAAGUGGAAAUGGCUCUUUCCUGAAGCCAAGAAGAAAUGAUGAAGAGGUUACUGUGACUACUGAAGGAAAUGUUUACGUUUUUUACGACACUACCACUGUCUACUAUACGCCAUAACGGCUUUUUUAUAUAUAUAUA